AUGGAGCUUCCGGCCAAACUGCCGUUCUCCAAGCGGCGGCUGCGACCGCGCGUGAUCAUCUCCUACAUCUUCGACUAUGUGAUCCUCAUCGCCCUCGUCAUCGGCUUCUGGAUCAUCGACUCCAUCGAACCCUACCACCAACACUUCUCUCUCCAAAACUACACCCUGCAAUACCCCUACGCUGUCCACGAGCGCAUCCCCAUCGUCUACGCCCUGUGCAUCUCCGGCGCCUUCCCCCUUGCCCUGAUCAUCAUCUACACCCUCUUCGUCGAUGGCCUGUUCUCGCACCACAAGCCGGCGGACCCCGUCUCCGGCAAGCGCAAGCUGCGCGGGCCCUGGCGUUGGAAGGAUCGGCUGUGGGAGAUGAACUGUGGGAUUCUGGGCCUGUUGCUCGCGCAGGGCCUUGCGUUCGUGAUUACCCAGGCUUUGAAGAAUGCGUGCGGGAAGCCGAGGCCGGAUAUUAUCGAUCGGUGCCAGCCGCCGGCCGGUAGUCAUGAUCCGCCUCUGUAUGGUUUGUCCGAUUCGAGUAUUUGUACGGGCGAUCCUGCCUUGCUGAAGGAUGGGUUUCGAUCUUGGCCGUCUGGUCACAGUAGUUCCUCCUUCGCCGGCCUCUUCUACAUUGCAAUGUGGCUCGGUGGAAAGCUCCAUGUGAUGGACAACCGCGGAGAAGCUUGGAAGCCCCUCAUCUGCAUGGUGCCCAUCCUCGCCGCGACGCUGGUCGCCGUGUCUCGCAUCAUGGAUGCACGACACCACCCAUUCGACGUUAUCACCGGCUCACUGCUAGGAGUCGCCUGCGCCAUCGUCUCCUACCGUCAGUACUUCCCGCCGCUCAGCGAGUCCUGGCGCAAGGGACGGGCAUACCCCAUUCGCACCUGGGGCACCGAGCCCGCCCACCCAUUGGAUCCGCUCGGCAUGAAGCUGGCCGGGUCCAACGACAGCACGACAGCGCUUCGUAAUCCCGAAACCGAACGCCUGAGCCCGGCUAACGAGCGUGCGCGAUCGGUCUCUCCGUCCCGGCAGCAGGCGCCCAGUCCGGCUGCGUAUAGCAACGCGGGCAAUCCAUUCGUCUCCCAGCCGUAUCCGCGUCGCCGGCACGACCACGACCCCGACGGCAACUAUUCUUCGAGCGAGGAUGAUGUCGCAGAUGGGUAUGAGAUGCAGCAUGGGUAUGCGAUGACGCAAAAUCCGGCUGUGGAGCGCUACUAUCCUCCGCAGUAUGAAAGCGGGACUGCGUAUCAGUCUCAAACAACGGGCGUGGCGACCACGGGGCCGCAUCCCCCUCCCGGGGCCUUUGUCAGUGCUGGCGAUCGUGGGCGACCGUUGACGGAUGCCUCACUACGGGAUGUGUAG